AUGUCUAACGAAGGUAACUACAACCAGGACCAGAACCAGAACCAACAAGGUGGGUACCAACAGUACAACCAACAACAAGGUGGGUAUCAACAACAAUACCAACCUCAACAAGGUUACCAGCAGUACAGCCAACAACAAUACCAACCUCAACAAGGUGGUUACCAACAAUACAACCAACAGCAAUAUCAACCACAACAAGGUGGAUACCAACAAUAUAACCAACAACAAUAUCAACCACAACAAGAUGGAUACCAACAAUAUAAUCAACAAGGUGGCCAACAAAAUUACAAUCAAGGUGGGUACAAGAAGAACUACAGCCAAAACUACAACCAAGGUGGUUACCAACAACAAUUCCAGCCUCAACAAAGUUACCAAGCUAAUAAUGGUCAACAAUCUCAAGGUAUGUCUCUAGAUGACUACCAAAAGCAACAAACAAAGACUGCAGCACCAAAGGUCAAGAAGACAUUGAAGCUAGUUUCUAGCUCUGGUAUCAAGCUAGGUAAUGCUCCAAAGAAGGAAGAACCAAAGAAGGAGGAACCUGUCAAGAGUACUGAGGAAUCAAAGGCCGCCGCUGACGAAACUACCAAGACUGAGGAAUCACUACCUGAUGUUAAGACUCUGAAGAUCUCCGAUGAAACUCCAGCUCCAAAGAAGGAUGAAGGUGUCGAUGCUCUAAUUAAAGAACAAGAAGACGAAGUCGAUGCUGAAGUCGUAAAUGAUAUGUUCGGUGGUAAGGACCACAUGUCCAUUAUCUUUAUGGGCCACGUCGAUGCAGGUAAGUCCACUAUGGGUGGUAACUUACUAUACUUGACUGGUUCCGUUGAUAAGAGAACUGUCGAAAAGUACGAAAGAGAAGCCAAGGACGCUGGUAGACAAGGUUGGUACUUAUCCUGGGUUAUGGAUACAAACAAAGAAGAAAGAAACGAUGGUAAGACUAUCGAAGUCGGUAGAGCUUAUUUCGAAACUGAAAAAAGACGUUAUACCAUUUUAGAUGCUCCAGGUCACAAGAUGUAUGUCUCAGAAAUGAUUGGUGGUGCUUCUCAAGCCGAUGUUGGUAUCCUUGUCAUUUCAGCCAGAAAGGGUGAAUAUGAAACCGGUUUCGAAAAGGGUGGUCAAACUCGUGAACAUUCUCUAUUGGCUAAGACUCAAGGUGUUAGCAAAAUGAUUGUUGUUGUUAACAAGAUGGAUGACCCAACUGUGGACUGGUCUGAAGAACGUUACAACCAAUGUGUUAAGAACUUGUCGAACUACUUAAAGGCCAUUGGUUACGGUAAGGAUGAUAUCAUUUUUAUGCCUGUCUCUGGUUACACUGGUGCUGGUCUAAAGGAGCCAGUCGAUCCAAAGGUAUGCCCAUGGUACAAGGGUCCAACUCUUUUAAACUAUCUUGAUGGCAUGACUCACGUCGAUCGUCACAUCAAUGCUCCAUUCAUGCUUCCAAUUUCCUCUAAGAUGAAGGAUAUGGGUACCGUUGUCGAAGGUAAAAUCGAAUCUGGUCACAUAAAGAAGGGUCAAUCUACGUUAUUGAUGCCAAACAAGAUUGCAAUUGAAAUCCAAAAUAUUUACAACGAAACCGAAAAGGAAGUUGAUAUGGCUGUCUGUGGUGAACAAGUCAAACUUAGAGUUAAGGGUGUCGAAGAAGAAGAUAUUCAACCAGGUUUCGUAAUGACCUCUCCAAAGAACCCUAUCAAAUCUGUCACUAGAUUUGUUGCUCAAUUAGCUAUUGUUGAAUUGAAAUCUAUCAUGUCUGCAGGUUUCUCAUGUGUGAUGCAUGUCCAUACUGCUAUCGAAGAAGUUCAAAUCACAAGAUUAUUACAUAAAUUAGAGAAGGGUACCAACCGUAAAUCCAAGAAGCCACCUGCUUUUGCCAAGAAGGGUAUGAAGAUCAUUGCUGUCUUGGAAACAGAAGCUCCGGUUUGUGUUGAAACAUAUGACGAUUACCCACAACUAGGUAGAUUCACAUUGAGAGAUCAAGGUACUACUAUCGCUAUUGGUAAGAUUGUUAAAUUACUUGAUUAA